AUGGAGUCCGGGGAGAACGAGCGCGUGACGGUUCGUGAGUUCUGCGCGAAUGGGAGUUGCGUAAAAGCAACAGAAGUUGAGGCCAAGCUCGAUGAAGGAAACAUUCAAGAAGCUGAAGCAGCGUUACGUGAAGGGUUGUCAAUCAAUUCUGAGGAAGCAAGGGCUCUUCUUGGAAAGUUAGAGUAUCAGAGAGGCAAUGUCGAAGGCGCUCUUCGUGUUUUUGAUGGAAUUGAUCUUCAAGCAGCCAUACAGCGACUGCAAUCUUCCCUUUCUGAAAAGCCACCUGUUAAGAAAGGUCCAACUCGCUCUGAAUCACCUUCCUCAGUCUCGCAGCAUGCUGCUAGUUUGGUGCUUGAAGCCAUCUACUUAAAAGCCAAGUCUCUCCAAAAACUCAGAAAAUUUACGGAAGCUGCUACUGAAUGCAAGCGUGUUCUUGAUGCUGUUGAGAAGAUAUUUUGUGAGGGUAUACCUGAUACACAAGUAGACAAUAAAUUGCAGGAGAUAGUCAGCCAUGCAGUAGAGCUCCUUCCAGAACUUUGGAAACAGGCUGGUUGCUAUAAUGAGGCGCUGUCUGCCUAUAGGAAUGCCCUCCUUAGUCAAUGGAACCUUGAUAAUGAAUGUUGUGCGAGAAUUCAAAAGGCAUUUGCUGUGUUUUUGCUGUACAGUGGGGUGGAGGCAAGUCCCCCCACUUUAGCUGUUCAGAUUGAAGGGUCUUAUGUACCCAAAAAUAAUCUGGAAGAGGCAAUUCUUCUUCUAAUGAUUGUUUUGAGAAAGUUUAGCCUUGGUAAGACUAAGUGGGAUCCUUCAAUUAUGGAACACCUGACAUUUGCACUUUCAGCAUGUGGUCAGACUUCUAUUUUAGGAAAGCAAUUUGAAGAGUUGAUGCCUGGGGUAUAUCACCGUAUUGACCGUUGGAAUUCUUUAGCUCUAUGUCAUAGUGGAGCUGGAGAAAAUAAAACUGCUUUGAAUCUACUAAGGAUGGCUUUGCAUAAACAUGAACGACCAAAUGACCUUGUAUCAUUGUUAUUUGCUGCCAGGAUUUGCAGUGAGGAUCCUCAUCUUGCUGCUGAGGGAGCAGGCUAUGCACAGAGGGCAAUUGAUAAUGCUCUGGGCAUAGAUGAUCAUUUGAAAGGCGUGGGUCUUCGCAUGCUGGGACUUUGCCUAGGAAAGCAAGCUAAUGUUGCUUCCUCCGACUUUGAGAGAUCAAUGCUUCAAUCCAAAGCCCUGCAAUCAUUGGACGAGGCAGUUAGACUGGAGCAGAACAAUUCUGAUCUUAUUUUUGAAUUGGCUAUUCAAUAUGCUAAGCACCGAAAUUUGACUACUGCUUUACGGUAUGCCAAACAGUUUUUUGACAGAACUGGUGGCUCUAAAGUGAAAGGUUGGAGAUUGCUUGCUCUAGUUUUGUCUGCACAGAAAAGGUAUUCGGAAGCUGAAGUGGUGACUGAUGCUGCUUUGGAUGAGACUGCAAAAUGGGAGCAGGGGAUAUUGUUGAAGCUGAAAGCCCAGCUAAAGUUCAUCCAAUUACGACCCAUGGAUGCUAUUGAAAUUUAUCGGUACCUUCUUGCAUUGGUUCAAGCUGAGAAGAAAUCAUUUGGGUCUCUCAAACAUAGUUCACAGGUUGAUGAUGAUAAAAUAAAUGAAUAUGAUGUUUGGCAUGGUCUGGCAAAUUUAUAUGUCAGCCUUUCUCAUUGGAAGGAUGCCGAAAUCUGUUUACAGAAGGCCACAGAGUUGCAGGAAUACUCAGCACCAACAAUACACACAGAAGCUGUCAUACUGGAAGGUCGGGGACAAAAUCAAGAAGCGCUUGCUGCUACUGCCAAUGCUGUUCUAUUUGGACCAAACUAUGUGCAAAGCAAGAACUUGAUGGCUAAUUUGAUGCUGAAAAUGAGUUCUAAAGCUUUGCCUGUUGCUAGAAGCUUACUUUCAGAUGCACUUAGAAUCGAACCCACUAACCACCUGUCUUGGUUUUACCUGGGAUUAACUCACAAGGAUGACGGCCGAGUAGGUGAUGCUGCUGAUUGCUUCCAGGCAGCCUUCAUGCUUCAAGAAUCCGAUCCCAUUGAAAAUUUCAGCAGUUUGCUUUGA